UUGGCUUUGAAAUUGUGCUAACUCAGUUGAAGUGACAAAAUGCAACGCAAAAAAAUGUGAUACUGCAGGAUACCUUGGGACCUAUGCUGGUGACCAGGUCACUGUAUCAUAUAAAACAAUGAGUUAGUGUAAGUGAGCAUAACAGGGCUAAGUUGGUUUUUAUAUUUUCAGUAGCAAGAAAAAUUCCAGAAAUUUUUAAUAUUCAUAUGUAUUUUCAGCAAUCAUCACAUCCAGUAUGCCAGUCAUUCCUGCCCAGAAUCCUAUAGGAAGAAUGUUCAGGUUCCAAUAUGCCCCUUAUGUGGAAUUGCAGUUCCUAUCAAGAAAGGGGAAAUGCCUGAUAUCAGAGUUGGAGAACAUAUUGACAACAAUUGCAACUCUGAUGUUGCCCUUUCUAAACAAAAGGUGUAUGCCAAUCGUUGUCAAGUGAAGGGCUGCAAAGGAAGAGAAGUGAUUCCUAUCCAUUGCCCAGAUUGCAACUUGAACUUCUGUCUGAGGCAUCGCCAUGGAAGUGACCAUGACUGUAGAGGAGUUACAUCAGUUUCCCAUUCCCAAAUCAGGUCUUCACUGCCAUUGAAAGAAGGUGGGAGAGGUUCAGAUAAGCCCAGUCAAGAGGAGGAAGAUCUAAUGUUGGCCAGGGCAAUAGCUGCCAGUGAACAGGAAUACAUUUCACAGAACAGAGACCAGACCAAUACUAGAUCACAGAGAACUCCAAUGAGGAAUCCUUGCAAUGUUUCAUAAUGUGCAGGAGAAUUAUGCAUAUUCCUCAGAAAUAUCUUCUUACCCUGUUUGACCUGAUAUGCUGUGAUUGAGAAUUUGAACUGUAAUGGGUGUCAAUUCAUGGUGUUAGCACAUGAUUGUUUCCAGCCAUAGGCACUCCCUAUGUUGUGAUCCAUUUCAAUUCAUGUGUACUAUUUCUUUGUUUCUUCUUCCUCAAUGCAAUUUUAGAGUACAAGCCAUUUUAAGCUGCAAAGAAUUUAGGUGAACAUGUUUGCUGAACUCCAAAUGCUGAAGUACUUUCUUCAUUUGAGGAAUGACACUUCUUAGCUUGUCAGUCUUUUUCCUUUGGGUCACACUGUUUGAUAUAUUUUUUACAGUUGUGGAUUGUGGCUUAAAGGCAAAUCAAGGUGGACAGAAUCACUUAUACGUGAAUGACACAGGCCUAUUCCAUUUGUUCAAUGCCCUUUUCAAAUCUCUUGCAUUCCACUUUAACCAUGCUCAGGCUCAUUGUCUGUCAGUUGUGGAUUAAAAAGAACUAUGAUGGACAUAAGGAACCGAAUGCCAUUACAAGUGUGGUUUUUUUCAUGAGAUGUUCCAAAAGUGUACGCGCUGCACAUCAAGUAUGGCAUGUGGCAAGGGAGAAUCGGAUUGGAUCGGCC